UGACUGAAUCGAAACAAAGGAUCCGUAAAGGUUUCGAAGCUUCAUGAAGGAGUGUUUCGAAAGUGUCCAUCACUACUGUAGAUUUGUAUUAGUCUUAAAAUGGUGCGUUCGUGCGUCUAUCCAGGAUGCUUUAGAAAACAUAAAGUCUUAAGAUUACGAGAGCCGUCAUCAACGGGAGAUGGAAGAUUAACAUUUCACCAGUUCCCUGUAAAUGAUCCUGAGCGACUGAAGCUGUGGCUGCUCGCGGUUCGCUGGGAUGUAAAAACACCCAUGGGGAAAAUCGAGAGAUCCAGGCUGUGCAGUGAACAUUUCUCCUCCGAGGAUUACGAGCCGGAGAAGGGGAAGCCAAGACGACUUCUGAAACCCACAGCUGUGCCUGUGCUGUUUCAGCCAAACCAGGUGUGUAAUAUGGUAAAAAGGUCAUUUGGAUUCAAACAAACAGGAAUAACUCCUGUUGAAACAACAACUUCUUCAGGGAACGAUACUGAAGAGAUGGAGUUUAUUAGAGAAGAGAAUGAAGACAUGAGUGAUCCACAAUCAUGCAAAAUAAAAAAUGAAGAUACUGAGGAACAAAGAGAGGUGAUAGAAGUGAAAGUGGAAGGUCAAGAACUGAAUGAUGUUGAGGAGAAACACCAGUAUCACAGACCUCAUAGUUUCAAAACUGGACUGAUGGGAAAGUAUUUGUCACAAACAAGAAGACCCAAAAAUUAUUUUACCUGCCCUCAAUGUGGAAAGAGUUUCACACAAAAAAGUCACCUUAUGGCUCACAUAAGAAUUCACACUGGAGAGAAGCCGUUUACCUGCCAGCAUUGUGGAAAGAGUUUCACACAAAAAGGAAACCUUAAGGAUCACGAACGAAUUCACACUGGAGAGAAGCCUUUCACAUGCCAUCAGUGUGGAAUGAGCUUCACACAUAAAAGAAGCCUUAAUGAUCACAUAGGAAUCCACACUGGAGAGAGUCCUUUCAUAUGCUCUCAGUGUGGAAAUACUUUCACACAUAAAGGUGACCUUAAGAGACACAGAAGGAUUCAUACUGGAGAGAGGCCUUUCAGUUGUCACCAGUGUCGAAAGAGUUUCACUCGUAAAGAACAUCUUAAAACUCACACAAGGAUUCACAUCGAAGAGAAUCCUUACAUAUGCACUCAGUGUGGAAAGAGUUACAAACAUCUAAGUAACAUAAGAAGACAUAUGACAAUUCAUUCAGAAAUUACAUUACACUAAUCACAGUGUACUAUAACAACAGACCGUAUUA